CAACCACCUCAUCCGCGGCUAGAUCGGCGCCUUCGUUCUAGUGUCGCAUAACUAUGCCUGAUGAUAUAAUUGUCCAAAAAUUAUGUGUUCCGUCCCAGGUAAUACCGUGUCCGACUUGCCAUCAGCUUGAUGAUGCGGCUUCUUCGCUUCUCGCUCGGCAGCCUGAACAGUUCAAGCUUCGUCCCGUAGAGCUUAUCUCUGGUCAAACCCUAUAUGAGCCGGCAGACGAUGCCGAUGGAAUAGACAUAUGCGUUGGAGAGCAACUCAUCGAGAGUUCGAAGAACUGCACAACAUGUAGAACUCUAGUAACCGCCAUCACGCAAAGACUUCCGGGGCAGUCUCCUGACCCUCCCUUCACCUGGGCGUCUGCCAGAAUCUGGCUAUUCGGCCCUAUGUGUUCUGCAGGGUGCUUUACCCUGCUCUCUCCUGAUGUCGAAAGCGACGAUGAGGACAACUUGUACGAACUGCGCCUCGUUCCUUCAUCACUUGCGAAAUCAUCAACUGAUGGAAUCUCACUGGUUGAUCUUGAUAUGAUUCGAGGCUGGGUGGAAUUAUGCGAUACGCAGCACAAAGAACAAUGCUACUCGUUAUCGAACAAUCAAAAACGCUGGGCUAUCAACUUCCGAAUGAUAAACGUAGUGGAGGCUUGCUUAGUCCCUUUCACGGAUGACGACAUCGUACCCCGAUAUAUAGCGCUGAGCUAUGUCUGGGGCAGGGCUGAAACACUUCUCUGCACGAAAGCAAAUUACAGAGACUUAACAACCCCAGGGAGUCUUAACAAGGCACAUUUCUCCUCUAAAUUAGCACGAACAAUCAGCGACGCCAUGGUGUUGACAAAGGGGCUUGGGUUGAGAUACCUGUGGGCCGACAUGCUUUGUAUAACUCAAGAUGAUCCGUCCGACAAAGUUAUCCAGCUCCCCAACAUGGCAGCGAUAUACGGGGAUUCAUACCUCAACAUCUUCGCGGUCGAUGGAGCCGAUUCUCAAAGCGGUAUUCGAGGGAUCAGCGAUGGGCUGCCUCGCACAUUUCAACCUGCUUUGCUGCGUUUGAGUGACCAUCUCAGCUUCGCCAUCAGGCCCGCGUCGGAGACAACCCGAGAGAAGCUUUGGCACACACGUGCCUGGACAAUGCAAGAGCGUGCUUUAUCGCAUCGAAGUCUGAUUUUCCUUGACCAAGCGGUGAGCUGGAGUUGUAUGCGGUCCUCUUUUGACGAAAUAACAUACAUUCCAGGGGUGAGUGAAAGCGACGCAACGUGCUACAUGUGCCAGGCGGGAAGCUCUGAGGAUAUCUGCUACGUCAGGAAAACGAAGUACCCUUUUCUUGAUAAUUACCUCGACCUCGUUCGAAUGCUUACAGAGCGCUCGUUGUCAUAUCCUGAGGAUAUCCUCAAUGCAUUCGCGGGGAUCCUUACUGAGCUAUCUGGUUCAUUCCCUCACGGUUUCUACCAAGGCAUCCCAGAGUUUUACUUUGAUCUCGCGAUUUUGUGGUGUAGAUAUGAGUAUGACGAAGUUCGGCGAGCACGCCGUAUAACUCGUCGAUGCCCAAUACCAGGCAAACGGUGGGCAUCAAGCAAGUUCGCAAGUUGGUCAUGGGCUGGAUGGGAAAACUGCCGCGUGGGGUGGUCGACAAAUCUUGAGGACUCGCUUGAGGAUGCAUACAAAGUGGUUCCUAUCUUUCCUGUAAUAGAAUGGGGAAAGACAGAUGGUCAUCGUGAUCUGGGGUUCAUCAGGAACGAUUUCCAUCACUAUUGCGAGGCAGCAAAAUCAUACCCUAACUCGGAGCUGACGAAGGGCUGGGAGAAAGUGUACGAAGCGCCAGAUCCAGAAUCUACUGAGGAUGACAAUUUCCACUUCGAACACUCCAGUGUUCCAGAUCGAAAGUUCCGUACUCCACUCCCUGUCGAACAAAGUUCCUCAGAGCUACCUACGUUGGACCUGCAGUCAAUGUACCUAGUUAUUAGCGGCAAGGUCUGUAGCUUCUCCUUCCGUGAAGAAGAGUAUGAGUCUUUGUUAUUCCAUUCGUCAGCAUUAGGGUCUCUGUAUUCAACAGAUGAAGUAUGGUCGGGCAUUAUUUACGACAUCCAAAGUCCCACCUCAUCCAUCGAUCUUGAGCCACUCGCAUGUCAGGUUCUCGCCAUUAGCACUGGAUCACUGGAACUGGGAGCUUCGCGACCGGACAAGAGAAAAUAUCUCAUGAGCGCUGAGCAAGACUUUCCAGAGUUGAGUCUCGUACCACACCUCAAAGAAGCCAGAGUAUACGAAUUUUACAACGUCCUGUGGCUAGCCUGGGAGGAUGGGAUUGCGUAUCGACGCGGCAUUGGACGAGUGUGGAAGCCAGUGUGGGAGGGACAGAAGUUGAUAGAGAUGAAGAUUACGCUUGGCUGAUGUGGUAACUGAAAGCGGAGCAGAGACUCAAUGGGCAUAUACUACCAAGUGCGAGAUUGCAUCUUUCAACUUUUUCACAUAGUCUGACACUAGCGUCAAGCCUACAAGAUGUGCGGUGUUGAAUCACCACUGAAGUACUUGUUUGAGAGGGCGAAAGGGUUGCAAACAGAGUAAAGGUUAUUACAACCCCAAGACCAAAC